AUGACUGUUGCUGGCAACCUACCACCUGAGAUAUGGGACGAGAUCCUGGUGUACCAAGAUGCAAGAGACCUUCUCCGUCUGAGGCUUCUCUGUCGCUCGAUGCAGGACAUCAUCGACAGCUCCUCCUUCGCGCAAUACCUCAUCGAAUGCUUCUGUGCUGGCGUAGAAGACGAGCUCCGCGCCGGAAAGCCCUACGCUGAACGACUGGCCCUCCUUCGCGAGCGAGAGAGUGCGUGGAGGACGAUGACGCCGUGCCGGCGUCAAGAUGUUCCGCUGUGCUUCAGGCCGAGCGGUCUGUACGAUAUCACUGGCGGCGUGUUCAUUCUGGGGAGGAAUAGUGUUCCUGAAUUUAUGCAUACAUCUGGGUACUCGGUCUUUCAGCUGCCUUCUACUGGCGAUGCGAAUUGGCAGCCACAGUGGAGGGAUCUCGAGCUCAAGUUGGAUGUACUCGAUUUCGCAGUUAGUGUGCAGGAACAUGAUUUGAAUGCUGUUGUUACUCAGCAGCGGUUCCAAGGACCCCCGCCUGUAGGACAGGACAUCAUGAUCACGCGCGCGAAGUUUGAGCUGCACUUGCGGCAGUUUUCUAGUGGAGAACCCCACCCGGAAGCGGCUCAGCCCGUGAUAACGCUUCGCGAGGAAGGUCUGAUUAUCCACAGAACCCAUACGGUGGUCGAGAUCGCUGGAGAUCUGGUUGUCGUUCUUCUAUUCUUCCCCUUCAUGCUCAAUCAAAGAAUGGACACAAUAUUUGUCGUCAACUGGAAGACUGGCGAGAUGUAUCGGCAUACGCCAUUCGUUCCCCAUCAAUACAAGUGCUUCGCGUUCCUUGACUCACAUACCCUAAUGCUACCCAACCUACAAACGUUUGCUUUGGACAUCUACAGAAUAGAGCCGCAGCCCGAAACGGGCGAGAUGGGACUCCGACAUAUAUGCGUGCUCGGCCUACCUCAAAGAUACCCAGGCGUCCGCCUCGUCUCCUUCCAAUGCCGCUCAAAGCGUAACGUGCACACUCGAGGAUCGUCAGAUGACACCGGCCUUCCCCCACCUACGCGGCCAUUCCGCGACUCGCCCGAAGCAGCCAUCGUGCUCCUGUCAAUGACCUUCAUGUAUGCGCCACACUCCAUGACAUCUAUGAGUAUGGUCGUCCACCGUGCAGCACUGCUGAAUGCUGCAAACUACGCUCUGGAGAACGGAUAUGACGCUAGGGAAGCUGUCGCGUACGACUUUUGGGGCAUAAGGAACACGUCGUGGUUCGAUGCGCCUGCCGCAGGAUGGAUCGCCCAGAGUUCGGGGAGCAAGUUCGUGAGCCUCGUGCAGGAAUCCUCGUACGCUGCGAUACGAGUAUACGACUUCAAUCAACAUAACGUCCGACGGCUACAAGCACAGCACGGAACGGAACGCGUUCGCGAUGGCGGUAAUACGGUACAGGUCGUUAAUGGGACGCGGAAGCUGGAUUUGCGGACGUGGUUCAGGAGUCCGAUUGAGUUUGGGCUAGCGCAUGUGCAGAGUACGCUUGAGGAGCCGUGUACGGCUGAUGGGGUGGUGGUUGAUGAGGAGAACAUACUUGCGCUAACGACAGAUCGGUCGACAUAUCAUAUCAAGACUGUUGAAGUUCUUCAUUUUGGUUAG